GAAGUUCCUCUUCACAUCAUCGAUCCGAUGGCUGAAGCGUUCGAUCCAUCGACCCAUCCCCACCGUCGUUUUAAUCCACUCACAAAUGAGUACAUCCUCGUUUCUCCUCACAGGACGAAACGUCCAUGGCUAGGCCAGACAGAGCCUCCACAGUCGUCAUCGUUGCCGGAGUAUGAUCCCGAAUGCUACCUCUGCCCGGGAAAUGACCGUGUUGGUGGUCAGAAGAACUCGGCUUACGAUUCCACCAUGGUCUUCACCAACGACUUCGCUGCUGUGCUGCCUCCUCCUGGCCCAGUUGCACCUACCGCCCCACACCCACUCUUGGCCAUGAAACCUGUCGAGGGGGGAUGUGACGUCAUCAUCUUCCAUCCUCGCCAUGACCUCACCCUCGCACGGCUAGCCCUAAACGACAUUCACAAGGUGAUCGAGGAGUGGAUCAAGGUGUACAAGGAACGCGGUACACAGGAAGGAAUAAAAUAUGUUCAAAUCUUCGAGAACAAGGGUGCGAUGAUGGGAUGUUCUAAUCCUCACCCUCAUGGUCAAGUGUGGUCCCUCACCGAGGUUCCCACAUUUCCGUCGACAGAACUCGCCUCGCUCGCCCACUUUUCUCUUAAUCCUGAAGUUGCACCGUCAGAGGCACCACGUGGUCCGAAGGGCAGACCAUGUAUGCUCUGCGAAUACAUACAUUUUGAGAUUGGUGUCUCAAGGGACAAGGGGCGCGUUGUUGCACGUAACGAGCAUUGGGUAGCUGUGGUGCCGUGGUGGGCGACGUGGCCUUUUGAGAUUAUGUUGCUGCCUCAUCAUCGUCAUGUCCCUUCCCUCGUCCAUCUCUCUACCGAGGAGAAGCUCUCAUUCGCAAGCAUUCUCUCAGCCAUCACGAGGAGAUACGACAACCUUUUUAAUUGUUCGUUCGCAUACUCCAUGGGUAUUCAUCAGCGUCCCGUACCGCCGAAAGAUGGUACCCCAAGCGAAGACGACGAAGACGAGAACGUGGCGCAUCUGCACUUGCAUUUCUAUCCCCCACUUCUGAGAAGUGCAAGCGUAAAGAAAUUCCUGGUUGGCUUCGAGCUCAUGGCCGAGUCUCAGCGAGAUCUGACGCCGGAACAGGCUGCGGAGAGGUUGCGGGCAUGCUCAGAGGUGCAUUAUCUUGAUGUUGCAUCACAGUAGAGUAAUGUUGUAAGAAUACGUGAAGAUGUACAGUAUACUACUUAUGCCCAUAGACUGC